AUGGUAGAUCAUCCUGACAUUCUAGGCAUACCAACAGGUCCCCCCAUUUCUGUGAAGAAAAAGCAAACUUCCAAUUUUGAAGAAUUUUGCAAAGCCUAUUUAUCAAUAUUCACCGGAUGGUGUCGCGUUAAUAGAAAAUUAUCUCCAACUUCUUCAGGCAGAGAUGAAUUAGAUGCAAAUUCUGAAGCCACAAGCCAAGCCCUUGAGGAACAUGGUUACCACAGUGAAGACGAACAGAAGAUGAAUGGAAUCCACAGUUUUAGACACAAUGCUGAUAGUAUGGGAGGUGACAAUCCUUCGAGUCCAAGAGGAUUCUUCAAACAUAAAAGCACGGAUGGCUGCUUUCCUAAUAUGUCUUCUCCUCUGUCAAGAAGUGGAAGCCGAAAGAGUCCUUCUCGAAGAUUAUCUUUCCUAAAGAGAAAUAUGAGUCGGAAAAGUACCGAAUCACAUCAUGGGUCGUCUGCAUCUCUCUCAAGAAAUGCAAGCAGGAAGAAUCCCAGCACCAUCAUGUUUUCAAACUCAAUGGGAAAGAUGAAACCUCCGGCCAUUGAAAGGCCUCUCGAGUGCACGCUUGAGGAGUUAUGUUAUGGUUGCAUGAAAAAGAUCAAGAUAACAAGAGAUGUCAUUACAAGCACAGGGCAGAUAAUUCAAGAAGAGGAAAUGUUAACAAUAAAAGUGAAGCCGGGAUGGAAAAAGGGAACGAAGAUCACAUUCGAAGGAAUGGGAAAUGAGAGACCUGGCGCUUGCCCAGCUGAUAUAAUAUUUGUGAUUGCUGAGAAACGACACUCUUUGUUUCGCAGGGAAGGAGACGAUUUGGAAAUAGGAGUAGAAGUUCCACUAGUGAAGGCUCUAACUGGUUGCCAAAUUUCAAUCCCUUUGUUGGGCGGUGGGAGAACGUGUUUGAUGAUCGAUGACAUCAUUUACCCUGGCUAUGAAAGGAUCAUAGAAGGUCAAGGUAUGCCAAACACAAAAGAGCAAGGAAAGAGAGGAAAUUUGAAAGUUGUCUUCCUAGUAGAAUUCCCUGCAAAACUGACGGAUGAACAGCGGUCAGUUAUUCUUAGUAUUUUAGAGGGUUCUUCUUGA